AAAAAAAGGAAAAAAUUAAUUGUUUUGAAGAAAAAAAACAAUAAAAAAAACAAAUUUCAAGAUAAAUAUCUAAAUAAAAUCAAAACAUCAAAAAGAUAAUAAGAUAAGAAUUACUAAAUAAAUUGGUAAAAAAAAAAUUAAUAUCUGAAAAAAUUGAAACCAAACCAAAAAAAAAAAAAAUAUCCCGUCUUAAUUAACCCUUAAUAUAAAUUCACUUCGAUUAAUAAAUAAAUAAAAAUGUCAAGUUCUGCCGCUGUUGAAGGUACUAAAACCCAAUCCAAACCAGUUCAAGUUACUGAAGAAGAGAAAAAAGUUGAAGUUAAAAGCUCUCCAAGUGGUGAAAGUUCCAAUAGUACCAAUGAAAGCAAUGAAGGUAGUGGAGAUAAAAGAGUCCAAUUAACACCAGAAGAACAACAAGAAAUUGAUUCUCGUAGUGUUUAUGUUGGAAACGUUGACUAUUCAUCUACUCCAGAACAAUUGGAAGAAUUUUUCCAUAACUGUGGUGUUAUUAACCGUAUCACCAUUUUGUAUAACAAAUACACAGGAUAUCCAAGAGGUUAUGCUUACAUUGAAUUUGCUAAGAAAGAAAGCGUCCCCAAAGCUCUUGACUUGGCUGAUCAAGAGUUUAGAGGCAGAAAAUUAAUUGUUAGUGAAAAGAGAACCAAUGUUCCCGGAUAUGCAAGAAGAAGAGGUGGGUAUAAUAAUGCAAGUAAUUCUAAUCCAAACAAUAAUGGGGGAUACAGAAGAGGUAACUACCGUGGUAAUUACCGUGGAAGAGGGAUUCUCAGAGGAGGAUAUCGUGGUAGAAGUACUUACAGAGGAAGAGGUCGUGGUAGAGGUGGCUACAGACAAAACAGAGGACUAGAACACAAUGAUGAUUCUGAAGCUAAUGACAAUUCUGGAUCAGGAAAUGAAGAGGUUACUCAUCAAAAUUAAUUCAAUUAAGUUUGACUUAUGUUGAUUUAGUAUAAUCAAGUAUUGAGUUAUAUGAUAUGGUAUAAUACAUUAUGAGGUUAUAUUAGAUAUCUAAGUAAAUUGAUUUUAUAUUGAAUUUCAUUUUGUUUUUCUUUAAAUUAUCAUUAUUAAUCAAAAAAAAAAAAUAAUCACACAAUAAAAAAACAAAAAAAAAAC